AUGGAUAAACCUCUUCCGUUUCAUCGACGGCAGACCGAUGAUCGAGGAACGCUGAGGGUUGUAAACCCGGAUGCUGCAUCCACGCGUCAACCAUCUAUGGACCAGCUGCCUUCACACGUAGUGGCUGACAGUUCUGAGAUGGUGUUCCCGGUUUCGAAGUCACGCGUCAUGAACAAUAGCAUCCGUCGAAAACCGCUGGCUAGCGAGGCUCGUGACGAAUUAUCCUUCAACCUCCACCCAGCCCCACCCCAUGCCCCCAAUCUACGGUCGGCGGAGCGUACACCUUCUAUGAAAGCGUCGUCAGACGUGCCAGUACCCUUGGCCGCGGGACGAAAGAUGCGAAAGCAUGCCGCAGCAUCUUACUCUAGCGCUGUAAGUGAUCCCGGCAUGUUGGGGAUUUCCCUGGGCGUGUAUGACUUCCGAAGCAGUCUUCCGGCAGAGCUGCAGCCCAAGGGGCCGCCGCUUCGGUGGGACCCAGAGCCUGCGCCUCAGCUUCCUCCCAUCGUGCCAGGGGUGACUCCCAACUUACACGAAGAUGUUGAUCUGGCUAAGUUCAUGACGACUGACAAGUCAAAUCUUCAGCCGUUCAAAGAGAAGAUGCCCCUCGCUACAACGAUCGUGAGGGGCAAUUUGAGUAGGUUUGUGGCAAAGUAG